AUGUUCGGGAUCCAAGAGAGCAUCCAGAGAAGCGGCAGCGGACUGAAAGAGGAGCCGCUGGGAGGGAUGAACUCGGUCCGGAGUUGGAUGCAGGGAGGAGGCGUGCUGGACGCCAACACGGCCGCGCAGAGCGGAGUGGGUCUGGCCCGGGCUCACUUCGAGAAGCAGCCGCCCUCAAACCUCCGCAAGUCCAACUUCUUCCACUUCGUGCUGGCGCUGUACGACAGGCAGGGGCAGCCCGUGGAGAUCGAGAGGACCAGCUUCGUGGACUUCAUUGAGAAAGAGAAGGAGACGAGCGGAGAAAAGACCAAUAAUGGGAUCCACUAUCGUCUCCAGCUCCUGUACAGUAACGGCAUCCGAACCGAGCAAGACUUUUACGUGCGGCUCAUUGACUCCAUGACGAAGCAGGCCAUUAUCUACGAAGGCCAAGACAAGAACCCGGAGAUGUGCCGAGUGCUGCUCACCCACGAGAUCAUGUGCAGUCGCUGCUGUGACAAGAAGAGCUGUGGAAACCGUAAUGAGACGCCUUCAGAUCCGGUUAUCAUCGACAGAUUCUUCCUGAAGUUCUUCCUCAAAUGCAACCAGAACUGUCUAAAGAAUGCAGGAAACCCUCGAGACAUGAGGAGAUUCCAGGUGGUUGUCUCGACGACGGUGAGCGUGGAGGGGCAUGUGCUCGCCGUCUCCGACAACAUGUUCGUCCACAACAACUCCAAACAUGGCCGCCGCGCCCGCAGACUGGACCCUGUGGAGGGGGCGCAGUCGUACCUCGAGCACGGAGCAGCUCCCUGUAUCAAAGCCAUCAGCCCCAGCGAGGGUUGGACCACAGGGGGGGCCACCGUCAUCAUCAUCGGGGACAACUUCUUCGACGGGCUGCAGGUGAUCUUUGGGACCAUGCUGGUGUGGAGCGAGCUGAUCACGCCCCACGCCAUCCGGGUGCAGACGCCGCCGCGACACAUCCCCGGAGUGGUGGAGGUCACUCUGUCCUACAAGUCCAAGCAGUUCUGCAAAGGCACCCCAGGACGCUUCAUUUACACCGCGUUAAACGAGCCCACCAUAGACUACGGCUUCCAGAGGCUUCAGAAAGUUAUCCCUCGACACCCUGGGGACCCGGAGAGGCUGCCCAAGGAGGUGAUCCUAAAAAGAGCAGCAGAUCUGGUAGAAGCGCUGUAUGGUCUUCCCCACAACAACCAGGAGAUCAUCUUGAAGCGUGCGGCCGACAUCGCAGAGGCCCUGUACAGCGUCCCCAGAGGCCACUCCCAGCUCUCAGGCUCCGCCCACUCCGGCAUGAUGGGCGUCAACUCCUUCACCGGGCAGCUGUCCGUCAACGUCAGCGAACCAACGCAGGGCAACCAAGGCUUCGUGCGCAGCUCGAGCAGCGUCUCUCCGCACGGCUACGUCCCCAGCUCCACCCCUCAGCAGAGCAGCUACACCUCCGUGUCCUCCUCCAUGAACGGAUACAGCAACAACAGCGGCAUGAGUAACCUGGGCGGGUCUCCCACCUUCCUGAACGGGUCUGCCGCCAACUCGCCUUAUGCCAUUGUCCCGUCCAGUCCCACCAUGGCCUCCGCCACCUCCCUCCCCUCCAACUGCUCGUCUUCUGGGGUCUUCUCCUUCUCUCCGGCCAACAUGGUGUCGGCCGCCGUCAAACAGAAAUCUGCCUUCGCUCCGGUGGUGCGACCCUCCUCCUCCCCCCCUCCCUCCUGCACCAGCACUAACGGCCUGCAAGAUCAAACCUUUGUGGACUCUAGCAAGUACUCCUCCGCCAGCUCUCUACAAGGACUGGCCUUCUCCUGA